AGAGAGAGAGAGAGAGAGAGAGAAAGAUGACAGCGGAGAUCGUGAAAGGAAAUACGGAAGCCCUCGGGCAUUCCAAUGGCUUUGCUGAGUUUCAUAAGGAAAACGCCGUGGGAGGAAUUCACGGCAAGAAAUCGAAGGAGAGCGAUAGGCGAAGACGCCGUAGGAAGCAGAAGAAAGCCAACAAAAAAUCCCAAAUAGCCGCCACCAAUGGUUCCUCCGCUGCCGACGAUGAGAGCGAAGAUGCCGAUGACGUUAAAGAGAACAACGAUCCGCAGCAGGUACUGGAUACCCUAGUUGAAGUGGAAUACGUUCCUGAGAAGGCAGACAUAGAGGAUGAUCUGCUGGAAGAUUUCAAAAAGGUCUUUGAGAAAUUCACCUUCAGUGAUGCUGCUGCCGGCGCUGAGGACAAUGUCAAGAAGGAUGAAACGGCUGCAAAUGCGGCAUCUGAUAAGAAAGCAACUUCCGACUCUGAUGAAGAAGAACAGGACACGCAACAGAAAGAGAAGGGUGGGCUUUCGAAUAAGAAGAAAAAGCUCCAACGCCGGAUGAAGAUUGCUGAGUUGAAACAAAUUUGCCAAAGGCCGGAUGUUGUUGAGAUAUGGGACGUGACAGCAGCAGACCCAAAACUUCUUGUGUUUUUGAAAUCAUACCGCAAUACUGUUCCUGUCCCAAGGCAUUGGAGUCAAAAGAGGAAGUUCUUACAGGGGAAGCGGGGUAUUGAGAAACAGCCUUUUCAACUUCCUGAUUUCAUUGCUGCCACUGGAAUUGAAAAACUAAGACAGGCUUACAUUGAAAAGGAAGACAACAAGAAAUUGAAGCAGAAGCAGCGUGAACGUAUGCAACCAAAGAUGGGAAAAAUGGAUAUUGAUUAUCAGGUUCUUCAUGAUGCCUUCUUUAAAUACCAAACUAAGCCAAAACUGACAUCAUUUGGUGACCUGUAUCAUGAAGGGAAAGAAUUCGAGGUGAAGCUAAGGGAGAUGAAGCCCGGAAUGCUGUCUCAAGAGCUAAAGGAAGCUCUUGGGAUGCCAGAGGGUGCCCCUCCUCCAUGGCUUAUCAAUAUGCAGAGGUAUGGUCCUCCACCAUCUUAUCCACAUCUUAAGAUUCCUGGCUUGAAUGCUCCCAUUCCACCUGGUGCUAGCUUUGGGUAUCAUCCUGGAGGUUGGGGUAAACCUCCCGUUGAUGAAUAUGGGUGUCCUUUAUAUGGAGAUGUCUUUGGGGUCCAGCAACAAGAACAGCCUAAUUAUGAGGAAGAACCUGUUGAUAGGAGCAAACACUGGGGAGAUUUGGAAGAAGAAGAGGAGGAGGAAGAGGAAGAGGAAGAACAGAUAGAAGAGGAGGAGCUAGAGGCAGGCAUUCAAUCGGUGGACAGCCUGUCAAGUACUCCGACUGGUGUUGAGACACCUGAUGUCAUUGACCUCCGGAAGCAGCAGAGAAAGGAGCCUGAGAAACCUCUUUAUCAAGUUCUUGAAGAAAAAGAAGAAAAGAUUGCUCCAGGAACUUUGCUUGGAACAACCCACACAUACGUACUUGGCAGUGGCACGCAAGACAAAGCAGCUGCUGCAAAAAGGGUCGAUCUGCUUCGUGGCCAAAAAUCAGACAAAGUGGAUGUCACUUUACAGCCUGAAGAACUGGAAGUUUUGGACAAUGUUGUGGCUGCUAAGUAUGAGGAAGCGAGGGAAGAGGAGAAGUUGCGAAGCCAGCGGGAGGAUUUCAGUGACAUGGUUGCAGAGAAUGAGAAGAAGAGAAAGCGGAAGAUGCAGGAGAAGGAUGGAAAGUCAAAGAAGAAGGACUUCAAAUUUUAGUGCGUUUGAUAUUUCAUAUUUUGUCAUCUUUGAAGUCUCCUAACUUUGUACCAAUAGCCUCGUUGUAGAAGGAAUUCUUGACUGUCUUAAUAGGCUUGUAGUUUCACAGAGUCCCGAUUGGAACUAUUUCUGGGAGAAAAGGAGCU